AUGUCUGCUCAUCGUCGAGUUCGAAACCUUGGAGAUUUGAACGAAAGCAACAAUGAGAGGGGUUGCACUAUCAAGCAAUUUAAUCGCACUCAUCCGCCCACCUUUGAUGGAAGAGGAGAUUCCAAUGUAGCUGAGGAUUGGAUUCAAGACAUCGAAGAGAUAUUCAAUAUUUUGGAGUGCACCGAUCAACAGAAAGUUCGUUUUGCAGCUUUUAAAUUGAUUGGAGAAGUGGAGAGAUUGUGGAACUCUGAGAAAGCCAUCAGAGAAGCUGGUGGAACUGGAGAAGUGAGCUGGCCUCACUUUAAGCACUUCUUCGACCGAUUCUUUCCGAAAGCAGACCGGGAAGUUAGAGCCCGAGAGUUUACUAACUUGGUGCAAGGGACCAUGACAGUACGCCAGUAUGCUGUAAAAUUUGCUAAGUUGUCACGCUUCGCCUCAUAUUUGAUUCCAGAAGAAGAGAAGAAAACCCGGAGGUUUGAAGAGGGUUUAAAUCACAGGAUCUACGAACAGGUAAUGGUUCUACAAAUUCAAAACUUUUUAGACUUGGUACAUAAAGCGAUGCUAGUGGAGCAGAAUCUUAAGAGAAGCGCUGAGUUGAAGGGAAGUGGGGGCAUGUUUUCGAUGCGGUAA